AUGGCAGACUCCAUUGCCAAUUUGACUGUCGACUACAAAAUCAAGACAGUGAUUGGUGUGUCCGAGAAGGGUCCGUUCUUUGUGACGGUCCAUGGCAACGGUCCCAACGGUCCUGUGCAAGCACGCACGGAAACUGUCAAUGGGCCUACACCGGCAUGGAAUUGCGCCGGAUAUCUCAACCUCCGUGAUCAUCAGAUGUUGCUGUUCAUUCUGCACAAGCAGAACAUGACUGGGGAAAGCGGGAUUGCCAGUGGCACCAUAGCGACCACACUGUUGACCAGGGAUGCCUCCGAGCUACAACUGGAGAUGAGUGCUCACUCAUUCAAGGCCAAACUCCAGGUCGAGAUGAAGACACGUGGAGAACCCUCGCAACUCCGCAGGUCGAAUGCUGCAGGCAGCAGUGGGUAUGGGUAUGAGCCAGCUACCCCGACAGCUCCCGAUGAGGUUUCAGUCCUCAGUCCUGCUGUCCCAGAGCAGGCAUUGCACGAGGGGUUUGCAGCAGAGAGAGGGGAGUCCUCAGUCCCCGGUCCUGCUGUGGAGAAUGAUGCGCUGAUCGACUGGGAGUUGUUGCAGUACCAUUUGAGGACACACUUGGACAUUCCGGGGGUGUUCCGUUCAGAGCCCACAAUGCAGUUUUCCUGGCUGGGCCGAGCCGUUCCACGUCAUGCGACUUACAGUGUGGAGGUUGGUUCCACUGUGACAGAAUCUGCUCUCAGAUGCCGUGGUGGGUUGGACAUUGCAGCGACAGUCCUGCAGUCCUACAGUCCCUCCUCACUGCCCAAGAACAUGAAAGCAGAGAGCAUGCUGGAGUUCAUUCGGGAACCAGUCCAGAUGGACAAAAUGGCAGCCUGGUUGGAGGCAGUCGGCAGGAAUGAGGUCCCCUGCACCCCGGCCUUGCUGUACCACUACUGCCAGAAGGGCUUCGAGGGCUUCUCCCAGUGCCAGCAGGAGUACUUCUACCCUACGGGGUUGAGCUACAACUUGACCAAACACGUUUCCGAAAUCGUCAUGCUGAUGUGCGAUGCUCUCAUCUUGGCCCGCUGUUUCCCUACGUCUGUCGAAGACAGUCUGGCACCACCGUCGAGAAGAGAUACAUGA